CGAGAGCCCGGUGCGAGCCGGGCUGCGGAGUUAGGGGCGGAAGGCGGCCCCUCACCGGGGUCUCUGCUUGCGGCCGGGAGGCGGAAACCUGCAUCCCUCGUCUCUGCGGGAGGAGAGCUUGGCAUGUGGUGAUGUCACCCAGACUCCUCCAAGCCCUGGCUGCGUCUCAUUGCAUCUUGUCCAAAGCUUGCCAGUGCCAAAGACUCGUCGGUAGGACAUUGAGCCCACAUAAGGAAUUCGUGGCUCCAGCAUGCAGCACACACACGGGACGUCAUUGCUGGGAUUCGUGCUCUCCUGCUCCAGCAGCUGGUGGUGAGGCUGAGUGUGAGACCCUGGACGUGAAUCGGAGGACAGCAGCUGGCACUGUGCUGGGCCGAGGGGGGGAAGCUCCCCUUCCAGCCAGGAAAUCAUUUGGUACUCACAGGAAUCUGACUCACAGCCCCAAUCUUUUGGAUUCUACAAGGCUUAUUAAAAUAUUAGAGCGGCAUUAUUCAUCACCAUCAACGGAAACCCUCUCUCCAAAACAAGACUUGCCACAAAUCAAGAGACCGCUGAAAGCAUCAAGGACCAGGCAACCAUCCAGGACCAACCUCCCCGUUCUGUCUGUGAGCGAGGGCCUGAUGCACUGCAUGGCGUUUGCAACCGCAGACGAGUACCACCUUGGAAACCUCUCUCAAGAUCUGGCCUCGCAUGGAUAUGUGGAAGUAACAAGCCUGCCUAGAGAUGCAGCAAAUAUUUUGGUGAUGGGCGCGGAAAGUUCUGCAAAGGAAGGUGAUCCAGGGACAAUGUUCUUCUUCAGGGAAGGAGCUGCUGUGUUUUGGAAUGUGAAAGACAAAACUAUGAAGCAUGUCAUGCAAGUUCUUGAAAAACAUGAAGUUCAGCCCUAUGAAAUUGCACUGGUACACUGGGAGAAUGAAGAACUUAACUACACAAAGACAGAGGGACAGUCAAAACUUCACCGAGGGGAAAUCAGGUUAAAUUCAGGGCUUGAUUUAGAUGACGCCAUCCUGGAGAAAUUUGCUUUCUCAAAUGCUCUGUGCCUUUCAGUGAAACUGGCUAUUUGGGAAGCAUCAUUGGAUAAGUUUGUUGAAUCUAUUCAGUCAAUCCCAGAGUCUCUAAAAGCUGGGAAGAAAGUGAAACUCUCUCAUGAAGAAAUUAUGCAGAAAAUGGGUGAACUCUUUGCCCUAAGGCACCGUAUAAAUUUGAGUUCAGACUUCUUGAUCACUCCCGACUUCUACUGGGACAGAGAAAACCUGGAAGAGCUCUAUGACAAAACCUGCCAGUUCCUUAGCAUCAACCGUCGAGUCAAGAUGUUUCCAGCUUCCUCCUGAACCUCAGUUCUUCCCCAUUGAUUUGCCUCACAGCAGCCUGUUCGGAAUUAACUGCCUCUCUCCUGGAACAUAGGCCCCAUGAGAAGAGCCACGGCCAGUAAUGUCUUCCCUGCCUCUUCCCAGUCCCCAAAGAGCCUCUGUGCCAUAAAUACUUGUAGGAUUAACAAUGACUGAAAUUUCCGUAUGGUCCUCAUUGACUUCUCCCCAAACUGCCGAACCUCCACUAUUAGUUUGGCUAACAGCAGGACUACCCGUCUCACCCCUCUCGUCAGCAGACACUCGCAGCUCUUCAAGGCUUCGCCUUUCUGCUACCUGUGUUCCACAUCCAGCCAGUCAGUCCUUUCACUUUCUCCUGUCAUCCAUUUACUGACAAGCACCUAUUAAAAGUCUAUGGCAGAUCACCCCUAGGCUGGAGAAACAGGGACUCCCUCCGUCCAGACACCCCGGCCACUGCCCCUCACCUGGGCUGUUCGAACACCGCCUCUCUCCGUCCCGUCUCUGAUCUUUGGCCAGAAGGCAGACUACAGACUAGUCUUCUGAAUUUGCCAUUCUCUCCUCAGCCCAGCGCUUUUGGUAAACACUAAGCAAGUAUCUGAGGCCCUCACAAAGGGCCCCACUGUCUGUAGAACCCCAGCAUUGGAGCACGGUGUUGGCAGUUUCCCGUUGCUGCUGGGACAAA